AUGGAGGACGGCACCCAACAACUGGGACACUGCAUGGUUGACAUGAAAGAGCUCAGUGCCAACCCUGAAGGACUGACCGCUGCCGGUGUUAUUCUAACACCCAAGCUGCCUCAGGUGGAGUUCAGCCUUGCCUGUAAUGAUCUGGUGGCCUCAGGCAGAGACAGGAAGCCCAAUGCUUUGGUCCAGGUGGCUGUCAUAGAUCCCCACAAGCAGCACCUCGUCUCUCAUGCCUGCACAGAGAUAGUGGAGGCGAACAAAGACCCGCUGUUUCUGACGGGGGUGACCUUCCCUUCAGAGUGUCCUGCUAGCCCGGAGACACUAGUCAAGCUAACUGUGUAUGAUGCAAAGGACAAGGCCCAGGAAUCAAGCAGCUUCCUGGGCAGUGCCACAUUUUCAGUUGGCGAUCUGCUGAGGGCUAAAGAUGAACGACUGACCUUGAGUCUCAGGUCAUCUGAUGGUGUGUGCACAGCAGGAACAGUGGUGGUGAACCGUAUUAAGAUGGGGGAGAUGGAGGAGGUUGACAUAGACCACAUCACCACCGACAUACCGUCACACAAGUAUCCUUUGGUUUGUGAGUCUGCGUCCCAUGCCUGCAUCGACAGAGAAAAUAACCCUCUCACAGGGCCAGUGUUCAAGAACCCGAUAUGCAAGGUGUACAGAUUUCAAACAGUGGACAGCAAGUGGAUGCUCGUGCGGGAACAAAUGGAGGAGUGCACAUUGUCCUUUAGCAUCCCCAAACAGCUGCUCUCACUGUAUAUUCAGGAGGACAUGAGCAGGGUGCAGGACCUGAGGGAGCUGGGCGAGCUUUCUCCUCACUGGGACAACUUAAGAAAAGAGGUGAUGACAAGAUAUGGCGGAAUCAUCAGCUCCUACCAGGAGACUUUGGCUGAACUGGACAAGAUUACUGGUCGUUCAUUCAAGCCAAGCUGCUGCAAAGCCCAGAAAUCUCUGGAGUUCAUCCCAAUAAACUUGCACACCCAGAGGAUGAGGGUGACAUGCCCCAGAAAAACAGAUGCAUUCUAUGACAUUGUCACUGUCGGUGCCCCUGCAGCCCAUUUCCAGGGCUUCAAGUGUGGAGGUCUGCAGCGUCUGCUCAGCAGAUAUGAAGCAGAGAAAAAAAGCUUCAGCACUGCCUACCAGUGUAUCUACUACUCCCCAGAGCACACAGCCAAAGCUCAGGAGGUACUCAGCACCAUGAGCCUCCUCCAGCCCCUCAUCACAAGCUUAGCGGACCAACUCCUCCAGGCUGCCCAGGAGCACUCUUCCCCUGGACUGAGGGAUGCACUCAAGAACCUUUCUGACAAGACAGAACAAUUUGUUCACACACUUAAGGAUGAAUUGGUCAAGAGUGCACUACUGGCACUGCAUGCAGCACGGCCUGGGUACGUUUCCAAGAACCAGAAGCAAACCCCAGUGCAGGGAGGCCAACAUCAAGGCCACAUCCACCAUGAGCAAAAUCAGAGCCCGGUUCAGGGACUUCCAGGCCACAGUCCAACCACGUCCAUCACUGACAGCACACCUGUGUGUAAUAACGUGGAAGGAUCACAAACCACGACUAAAGGAGAAGGUGGGCAGCUGAAGCACCAAGACUCCAUACCGCACCAUAAAGAGUAUGAUGAGGAGGAAUGGGACAGGGUGUGGGCCAGUGUUGCCAAAUGUCUCAACUGUGUAAUCGCCAUGGUGGAUAAACUCCAGGAGGAAGACAACAGCAAGAAGCAGGAGCCAGCCCCUGAGCAGCAGCUCGCUGAUGUCAUCACCUCACACAACCCCGGCGACUGGAGGGAGCAGCUGCAUCCUCUGGUGACCAGGUUAAAUGAGUGCGUGAUGGAGGUGGUGGAGAAGGCAAAGAGAGCCAUGACCUUUGUGCUCCUGCAGGAGGCAGCCUGCAGCAUUCCACAGGGUUUUCUCCUCCAACAGAGGCGAGACGUGGUCUUCAGUCAGGCACUGGCAGCCUUAGCCUGCGGGUUUGUUAUGAGGCUGUAUGCAGGAAUGCAGGACCAAGGCUUCCUAAGGCAGCUCCACCUGGUUGGCCUGGUGGCCCAGUUUGAGAGUCUGCUCAGCACCUACAGUGAGGAGAUCGGGAUGCUGGAGGACAUGGAGGUUGGAAUCUCAGACCUGCAGAGAGUCGUUUUCCAGAUUACAGAGGCCAAGACAGAUGACCUCAGUGACCUCCAGCCUUUAGUGUGUGGCCGACGAGACCACUUCACUGUAGAAGUGCCAUUACCUCGACUGGUUUUCCAGACCUUGCCAGAAGAGAUCAAGGAAGGCAAGCCUCUACGAGUAUUUCCAGUGCUGUUUAACGUGGGCAUCAAUGAGCAGCAAACUAUAGCAGAGAGGUUUGGAGAUAUCUCUCUUCAAGAAAGAAUAAACCAGAGGAACUUUGAGAUGUUAGAAGCAUAUUACAAAUCAUUAAGUGAAAAGGUGCCACUAGAAUGUCUACCGUGUUUUCAGACACAGACUGACAUAAAGGAAUUACUUGAAACCCUGGGCCAGAAUGUAGUUACAAAGAAGAGAAAGAAUGUGGAGAUACUAUGGAUUGCUGGAACGAUCUGCCGAAGGUUAAAUGGCAUCAGGUUUACCAGCUGUAAAAGUGCCAAAGACCGGACAUCCAUGUCUGUCACAUUAGAGCAGUGUGCCCUCCUACGUGAUGAACACCAGCUCAGCAAGGAUUUCUUCAUCCGUGCACUGGACUGUAUGCGAAGUCGGCUGACCCAGGGAGACAUUGGGCAGUGGGAGGACCCUGAGGCUGGUGCCGUGACAGAGAACAAACCAGCGUCACGACACUUUUACCCCAUUGCCCUGCUGCUCGUUAGCUCGCACUUACUGGUCGUGUGGCUCAUUUUAAGUCUUGUUUUUCUGCUUGCAAAAUAUCAAUAAAUUGCUUACA